AUGCCGAAGCUCGGGGGAAGGACGGGUAGUGAUGUUGUGGAAGCAACCUUCAUUGCCGACCCCUUGUUCCUUGCGAUUAUCCUUCAGGGCGGCCUGAAGCAGGCUGCCAUCACCUAUCCCGACGCGGCCCACGGUAAAGAAAUCUACAAUUUCUUCGGCAACCGCGUUCUCGAGCACACCACCUUGACAGGCGCAAUCCUCGCCAUCAAAGUCAAGCCGCCAACCGCCUUGGACCGCUCCGAGGCCGACAUGAUGCAGUACGCCGCAACAAACCAUGUUCUGGCCCCGAACGUGCGCGGCGUCUACGACAUCGUCACCACCAAGCCCAUCGCGCGGGUGCUGGUCAGCGAGGGGAAGUCCGGCCUCAAAGACCAGCUCCGCGCCCAGCCCGCUCGCAUGCGCGCCUGCACGCAGCCCUUCAUCGGGCGCGUCGGGCGCCAACACGUGCGCAACCGGGUGCUGGAGCGGGAGCGAAGGGACUCUCCUGGCGCGUUCGUCUUGACUCAUGGCGAUCUGACGCCGCGGAAUUUCCUCGUGCAGGGCGGCGUCAUCACCGGAAUUGUGGACUGGGAAAGGAGCGGCUUCUUUCCCGAGUACGCCGAGUAUGCGUUCGCCAUGGCGCUAUGCCAUGGGCAUGAGAAAUGGUGGGUUCCGGUGUUGAAGGAUGUGUUGCAGCCUUGCUCGGAGCAGAGACUCGAGUUCACGUGUUUGGUUGAGAAGAGAGGGUUCUGA